UGAAAAUUCAAUCGUAGACAUAGGUAUUUUUGUUUUCUAGGCUUUUUGAUAGAUGAGGGAGACAAAGUAGUUAAAUGAUAAAUAUGAAGCUGCUUCUUACCAACGCCUGUGCUCUAUCAGAAAAACACAGCUGGUAUGUUGCAAACGAAGACCAGUACUUGAUUUCCAUUUGGUACUUGUGAGUGUCUCUUCCAGUAAAGAUGCUGCUGAAGCUUCGAGAAUGCAUUCAAAUCGUUUUAUCUUGAG